UGCUCUCAGGGGCGGGGCCAGGAAGCAUGGCUGAUGGGGCGACCUGGCGGCCUCCUCGAGCUUGUGAUGACUACCGGUCUGAAUGGAAACACUGCCGAAGCAUCCGGAACCUUUUCCAUCACUACUAUACUUAUGGGGAAGCGCCUUCCUGUGCGCAGUGGAAAAGGGACUAUGAGAACUGCAGAGAGUGGGAGAAAACGAAAAGCUCAGCAGCAAAGGACUCCCUCUGCAAGAGUGAAAAAGAGCGGAUAUUGGAAAAACGGAAGUACGAUCCAGUGUGGACCUUAAGGAAAAGCCCUCCACCAGACUGGCAGCUGCCCCUUGAUGAAGGCAAACCAAAGUGAGGGUGGAGCUGGGCUUAUACUGCUUUGGAGCUCUUUAAAGAAAAGCAUUGCGUGGAAGAGUCCCCCCAAACAUCAGUCUGUGCUGCUACUGGUCACAUGCCUCAUCGCUGCUGCAUCGUAUCGUUUUAAAAGAAAAUACAAACGCCUGUUCUGAAACGCUUCCUUACUGGUGUGUUGACAAGCGGCAUACUUGGAAAGAACCCUUUGCGAUGCAGUUUUGAAGUUUCACUCACAGCCUGAGCAAAAGCCCUCACUAGCGUGAUCAUAAGAUAACUUAGGAGCUGCAGGUGGAGGAACCCAUGGGGUGGGCCUUGACUCCAUGUACCCAAUGAAUUGGCUUGAUGGCAGUUCGCCCCGUAACAAAUCCACGCUGGCUGUACUUGAAUAGGCCGGACUAGCCCAAGCUCAUUGGAAGCUAAGCAGGGUUGACCCGGGUUAGUACUGGGAUGGGAGAACAGGGAAGACCGUGGUUGCUUUGCAGAAGGAGGAAAUGGCUAGACACCUCUGUUAGUCUCUCCCCUUGCAAGUCAGCUGCAGUUUGAUGUCACUUAAUUAUUAUUAUGCUACCAUGACCUAGCCGAAUCUUGACAUCUAAUUCUGCUUUAUAUUGAGUCAAACUGUUCGUCCAGCAGUAGCUCAGUAUUGCCUGUCCUGCAAGUGGCUGUCAAGUGGAGAAAGGUGUCUUCCAACAACUUGUUCCCAGAGAUGCUUUAACUGGAGAUGCCAGGGAUUGAGCCUGGGACCUUCAGCAUGCAAAACUUGUACGCUGCUGCCGAGCCACACUCUCUUUCUGCCCGUAUGGGGAGGUGUAGUGCUACAAAUAAGAAGACUUUUAAAAACCAGGGCUGUGGUUCAGUAGUAGAGGAGCUGGUUUGGAUGCAAGAGGUCCCAAGUUCACUCUCCAGUCAAAGGGAUCCGGUCACAGGUAAUGUGAAGGACUUUAAGUGGAGAUGCUGAAAAGGUGCUCCCAGAGAAAGGAGAUUGUAUCCACCUUGAUAGACCAGUGGCCUGACCCUGUUCAAGGGAACUUUACAUAGGAGUAGCCUUCCGGCCUCAGAGCGGGGGCCCAUCUGAAUUGUUUGCAAGGAUGGCUUUCCAGAUGCUGCAAAAGGCAUGUGACGGAACGGAAAUAAAAGGCUGGUCGCUAUAGAGACCAU